GUCUGCACGUGUGCAGUGUACGUCUAUUUUUUAAUUCCAUUGAUUCUUUUUCAAACCAAAACAAGUCGAAAAAUUGCGCAUUUAUUCCCAAAUUACUCGUAAAUAAUUCGUCUCAAGAUCGGUAUUACCCUUCACCUCCAGACAUAAUCGUCUCCCUCGACAUGGAAGAGACAUCUGCCUGGUACCCGAGCUUCGAGGCGACCCUCUGCUCGUCGGUGGGCAGCAGGAGUCACCAGGUCCUCGAGGACAUGCUAUCCCUCUACGUAAACAACAUCUCAAAAGAGACGAACCUCUGCUACACCUUCCCCCAACGAGCGUCGGCCCUCAGCUCCCAGAUGAGUCGAAUGCUGACAUUCUUCUACUUCUACUGGCUAGACAUAAAAGACGACAUGCACGACUAUCGUCCCUACUUCGACAAACUCUCCGACCUGCUCUCCCUCUACCUGGACAUGGAGUUGACCUCGAACCCCGGGAACACCUGUGCAAGACUCGUCAAUGUCCUCCACGUAUGCCUGAGUCACUCCCCAGAGCACAUAACCAGAGUCCUCAUGCGCUCCAAACUAAUGAAGAACGAGUAUUCGAGCAUUUGCGAGCCAAUUUUCAAUAGAUUCAUCUCCACCAAGUGGGAGAUUGAUUCACCGACAACGGAGAGGUCCUACGCAUAACAAUUACUCACCCUGAUGCUCUGGAAGGGGCUCAUAAAGGGAAAAGUCGAGGAAGAAACUAGGAUAAAUGAACUUGGGGUGACUCUGCUGGGUCCCCAGCCCCCGAAGACGACAUUCUACUGUGAAUACCUUAAAUUCCUACCCUCAGCUCCUCCAUCCACCAACUCGACCCUCUGGUACCUCCAGCAGAACUCGUUUGACGUGAAUAAAGCCUGUGCAGACUUGCUCACCUACGAAGACGAUCUCAGUAACAAAAAAAUCGAGGAAACCUGUGAUAACGACGUUUACGAGGUUCCCUAGCACGAGGUCUCCUGCUUCAAGGCAGGAGUACUGAAGACUCUGUCUCGCAGAUCCAUCGUCACCAGACGUCCACGAAGACUCAACAAAAACACACACAGAUGCAAAGACGCCUCCCAAAACGACAAGAGAAAGAAGGGAGUGAAGGAGAGGAAGGGUCUCACGUGGUUGAAGAACCUUUUGGAUCGUGAGAGGAGUAGAAAGCAGUCGAAUAAAGUGGAGAUUGUCGAUGCCCACAGCACAGGGAGCUGCGAGAGUCGAGUCGAGAAGCUGAUGAAUAUCUGUGGGGACGAAGAGAGAGCCCUAGAAGCUCCUGGAGGGAGUGAGGAGAAGACAGAAAAAUGUCUGAACUAUUCAGUCGACAUGUGUUCUGUGUCAACUACUGUGUCAGUAACCGAGGACAUGAGCCCUGGGGGAGGGAUAUUCUGGGAUGACGCUAAUUUGUCCAAGGACGAGGCCCAUUACGAGCUGGAUUUUGACGAUUUCAGAGAGUCUGUGAAGAAGAGGAACUUCGAGGAUAUGGCAGAGCCUGGGGGAUCGAUGGAGGGUAAUAGUGAGAGGAUUGACGAGAGGGAGUACUCGAUAACGAGUAAUUACUGUGUCGAUGGGUACGAGAGUAUUUCGAUGAUGGAGAGUAUUUUUAAUGAUGAUAUUGAUGAUCAGAGAGCAUUGGAUAGGGCGCCGCCGUCCACGAUCAAGAGGAAUACGACGAAUUGGAGUUAUUUGUUUGAUUAUCAUCUUGCUAAUAUCGAUGAUCCUGGGGAUGCUGUGCUACUGGGGAAGACUAUUAAACUCGUUGGUCCUCGUGGUGGGAAUUAUGGGAGGGAGUGGACGUCUUCGUUGAAGAGUGGCCCUGGGGUUGAGGCGGGGAAGAUGAGCCCUGAGGACGUGUUGGGUGCGAUGGAGAAGCCUUUUGAUGGUGCCAAAGGUGAAGAGUACAGUUUAGGACGGCCUGAGAGUCGCCAGGAUGUGAGGGAUAUACUCGUUUGCCAAGGGAUCAUUCCUGAUGUUAGUGAUUCUGCCUUGUCCAGUGUAUCUUCCACAACGUCGAGCUGUGCCAGUCACAGCCAGUCCUGUCUUCCUUCUGUUUCGAGACAGAUUACACAUGUUACUUCGGAACGAUUUGAUAAACCGAGAUCUUCCUUUAGCAAUGGUUUUGAGGAACCUGGGGUCAAGAGGAUAAGGGUCUCACCACCGAAGAUUGGGGACAGCAGGAAGAUGUUGUUUGAAGUCUCAUCCAACGUGCAGCAUAACGUGAAAUCAAUUGGAGGGUGGCCAGAAAAGUUUCAUCAAACCAUCGCGUUCAGUUUCGUGCAACAAGAGAAGCAAAAAACAAACUAAAGCGAAUCUCAAGGAAAAACUUAUGAUGAUAAAAUGGCUUAUUCAAGUUGCCAAAUGGUUGAAAAUACUAUGUAGUCAGCCUCUGUAAUCCUCACUUAAUUGUAAGCAAUACAAUUCCACGUGUAUACGUACG